CAUUUGACAUAAUUAUAUUUUAAUACACAUGACUAAAAAGAAAUUCAUAUUGCAAUUUUAAAUUCGUUAAAAAUGAUACGAACAUUUAUAUUCUUUGAUUUGGAAACAACAGGAUUAAUAACAAAAAAUUGUAUGCCAAAAGUGACCGAGUUAUCAUUAAUAGCAGUAUCAAGAACUGCUGUGUGUAAUACCAAGGAUUUUUUACCAAGAGUUUUACAAAAACUUAUUUUACCAAUACAUCCAAAUUUGAAUAUUUCAAAAGAGAUUGAAACAUUGACAGGUUUAUCUAAUGAAAAUUUAUGUGAAAUUCAACAUUUUAACUGUGAUGUAUAUAAUUUAAUAAUAAAUUUUAUAAAUCGACAAAAAGCACCAACUUGCUUUGUAGCUUAUAAUGGAAAUAAUUUUGAUUAUCCCAUUCUUUUAUCAGAACUUAAAACUAUUGACAAGAGUUUCAGUGAAAAUAUUUUAAGUAUUGAUAUGCUACAGUUAAUAAAAGACUUCUUUUUACGUGAAGAACCAAUAAAAAAAAUGAAUAACCAAAUUAAUAAUUCUUGUAAUAUUGAAGUUAGUACUUUAUUAAAUGAUGGUUAUGAUAAAAUUUUAUCCGAUGCAUUAGAUUCUAUUAUAAAUACAAAUGAUGAUAACAAAAAUGACACUUUUCUUAAAAUUGAAAAAACAAUGUCUCAUUCUAAUAGUAUAUCUAACACUUCAGAAACUAAUUAUUGUACAAAAAUGCAAGAACUGAAUGAAAAAACACCUAAGAAUCAAAUUAUAAAAAUUCAACAUUCUGAUAAAAAUUUUCAGGACAGAAAAAGAAGUAUAAACGCAAGAAGAAAAUUAGAUUUUACAAAUAGUCAACCAAUAAAUUUUAAAUUAACUAAUGUUUAUAAACAUAUUCUUGGUGCUGAGCCUGAAAAUGCACACAGUGCUGAAGGAGAUUGUCUUAUAAUGAUUCGCUGUGCUAUUCAAUUAGGAAACUUUUUUGUAGAUUGGGCUGAUUCUAAUGCAAUACCUCUAAUUAAUCAUAUAAGUAAAUAAUAUUCAUUUUGAUAUAUUAAAAAUUCUUUUAUUAAUUUUUUUUUUAAUAUAAUACAAAUAUUUAACAAUACAA